GUCCUGCAGGGCAAAGUGCUGUCUGUUUGCGGGCUUGGAAUGUGCUGGCUGGGACAGCCCAUUUUGUUCCUGAGGUAGAGAAACAUCAACGCGAGAGAGAUAAAGAAACGCACCCUUGUGGUCAGGCAUUCUUUGGGAGAAGCCUCGUGUGCCCCGGAAUGUAAUCACGGAGAGAAAGCCUUUACUACUUUCAGACAGCAACUUCGAACACACAUCCCGCUGUAAUCUGGAUGAGUUUUUACCCCGCAGCCAAGUCCCAGGGACUCUCGAAUUCCUCUCCAGUGACUUUAUUUGAGUCUAUUGUGUUUUUUUGCACUGUCCAGUUAUGUGCAGCCUUGGCUCAAGGCGACGUUGCUGGCAUGCGAUUGGUUCAGGAUCUGGCAAGAGUUCAGCAGCCCGAAGAACUCAAGCCGUCAAUGCAGGAGCUGCAGUCCCACUGCAGCAUUGAAGGCUCUCUGUGUCUGUGUGUGUGUGACUCUGUGAGAGCCUCUUUCAGCAUCACGGGCAUCUCUGCGACCACUGACAAAAAAUUCAGAAUGGGAGGGUCUCAGUCCCAGCACCAGCUCAAGGGAGGGGUGAGACCUUUAAAAGAGAAGGCCAGCAUUUCGGACUCCGAAGCGAAUUUCGAGACGCCAGAAGGUGAGACACCUGCGCAGGGCCAGCCGGAGAUAGGUUCCGCUCGGCAGGGUGCUGGCAGACUGCGAGAAGACUUGCAACCUGAAGUCGAGCAGUUGUUAGCAGGAUCGCCACUGCCUUUAAAGAGCCAAUCUGAGAGUCACUCAUUGCCAGAGUCAACCCACUGUGAUGCUUCACGUAUCCUCAAGCUGCAAGAUCAAGUAGGAACUGGUACCUCUGGCAGCACAGCUUCAGCUAACACCAUUGAUGCUAAUAGGUCCUCUGCAGUGCCAAACACUCUGGAAGUUAAGGAAAUUGCAGAUGAAGUAAGAACGGGAAGAGAUUCUCCACCAAUUACCCCAGCAGGUCCCUUGCUGCUGCCACAUAGCACAUCAGAAAACCCGGGGACCGGUACCCAUGGAAGAGAGAUGACCGUGUCAGAGGAAGAAGUGUCAGCUGUGGACCAAAAGGCAGAGACCUUGGAUGUACAGACGCAGCCUGGUAUUGCCAAGCCAAAAAAGGCAAAGCCUCCCAUCUCCGAGACGAUGGGAUUUGAGACUAUGGAAGGUGGGGCAUCAGCGAAAGACAAUGCUGUGAUGAAGCGGGCAUCAGUCUGUAAUUCGGACCCCAGUGAUUUUUCUGAGACUGACCCAGGAUUUCAACCAUUGCCCCCAGCCAACAGGCAGCCCCAGCUGUCCGCAAAUGCAGCGGAAGCAGAAGUAGAUGAGCUGAGGCCACAAGCACAAAACAAAGGCUCGGCACUCAAGCUGGAGAUUGACUUUGACUUUUCAGAAGAUAAGGAAAAUGCAGAGGGUAGAGUGCCAGUGCCAAGGAGAGUAGGUAAAAAGCCUGGCAGUAAGGCCAGUGGGAAGAAACAAAGAACAACAGUCCUGAAGGCCGGUGCUUCUGAAGACAAGGAUGACAGCAGCCCCAUCACCAACUUUGACAUUCCCAUUCCUAAAAAGUCUUACAAUUUUGAUUCUUCUCAGUGGGAUGAUCCCAAUUUCAACCCAUUUGGCAGCUCCUCUGGUCUGCAGAACUCUCCCACACAGCCAAAGGCCUCGUACACGUUUGACCCUGACUGCUUGGAUUCAAUUGACCCUUUCAAACCCACCAAAACGUUAGCCAACACGUCGGAGCCCCCCACUCCCUCCGAGCCAGAGACUGCCAGGACGGAAGAGCCGACUCUGGAGGGAGCACCUGACGCGGAAAAAACAGCAAAAGAGUCGCCUAAGAAGACCAAACCUCGAGUGAUAACGACUAUUGAACAAGUGAAGUUUCUCUGUUUUCUGAUGAAUGCUUGCCGAGUGAAGAAGUAUGAAAACCAAUCUCUGGUGUUGGAUGUUUGCCACCAGGAUGCCGAGCCAAUUGAAAGGUGUGAUGACCCUGACCUUACCCACAGAGAGAGGCAUGCUACUGAUGAAGAGAAACUGGCCUCCACCACAUUAGUCAAUCAAAAACCUGCCUGCCAAGAGGCAAAAGCUGAAGUGGACGACGACACUGAGUACUUUGAAUACUCCAGCCGCCCGGCGACUGCCACUAAACAGGAAUUACCAGUCCCUUCGGAAGGGUUGGCUAAAUCAAAAGAAAUAGACCAGCAAGAACCAAAUGGACCCUCAUCACCUCAAAUUCCAGCCCCUGGGGUGUGCAGCACUGAAAGCAUCCUCUCAUUUAAAGCACUUCUGAGUGAGAUGGAAGGUUCAGUGGGCAAUGAGUUGAACAACAUCCAGGCAGACAAGACCGCGGUCCUGAGUUUAAUCAAAGAAGAGAUUGCAGCUAAGGAAACAGAGGCAAAUGAAUGGAAGCAAAAAUAUGAAGACAGUCGACAAGAAGUCAUUGAAAUGAGAAAGAUUGUUGCAGAGUAUGAAAAAACCAUCGCACAGAUGAUUGAAGAUGAGCAAAAGAACAAAAUGGCUUCUCAGACAUCCAUUCAACAGCUAAUUACGGAAAAGGACCAGGCUUUGGCAGAUCUUAAUUCAGUGGAGAGGUCUUUAUCAGAUCUUUUCAGGAGAUACGAGAACAUGAAAAGUGUACUAGAAGGAUUCAAAAAGAAUGAAGAAGUAUUGAAGAAAUGCGCCCAAGAUUAUUUGGCUCGGGUCAAACAAGAGGAGCAAAGAUACCAAGCUCUUAAACUCCAUGCUGAAGAAAAACUGGACAAGGCCAAUGAGGAGAUCGCUCAAGUGCGUGCUAAGGCCAAUGCAGAAGGAGCAGCCCUGCAGGCCAGCUUGCGAAAGGAACAGAUGAAAGUGGAUUCCAUGGAAAGGACAAUUCAGCAGAAGAACCAAGAGAUAGAGGAACUGACCAAGAUUUGUGAUGAGCUGAUUGCCAAACUAGGGAAAACUGAGUGAAGGCUGCAAGCCCAAAAAUGGACAUUACACGACAAAGCUUCUUGCAGACCUUCAUUCCUAUAGCACGCUGCCUUACUUAGAAAUAAUAUCAAAUUUCACCCCUGAAGUGGCAACACCCAGUAGUCUGCACAGCACAUGUGGAUCCGUUUUCAUGCACUGUUUACUGCACAAACAGAAAAAGUUGCCAAAAUAUUCCCAGGGUUGUAGGCAACCAUUUUCUCUGACAUGUAAUUUGCUUUGCUAACACAUCAUCCUUAUCUUUGUCACUCAGUGGCAUUGAAAAUGGCAACUAAAUAUACAAUGCUUAAAGGUGCCAUCCAGUUACCUUGUGUAAUUAUGGUGCCAGCCUUUUAUCUUCAGUUAAGCUUCCUGCAACUUGCUUCAACCGAUGGUAAACCCAGACUGAGAGACCACCUUCAGUGUAAUGUUUCAGUGUCAUAGUUCUCAAGGUUCAUUUUUCUGAAAUGAGUGCUUUGACAGUCAGUGCCAUUUUUUUUGUUGUUUGAGUUCUUGCCUGCAGCAAAAUCUCUCAAAUGUUGGUUUGAAUAGAAGUAGCAAACCCACUGAGUUGCUUGUGUCUUCCAUCCCAGUCAUUGCCAUAGCCUUUACACAAUGCACUGGCUUCCCUUGUAGAAUAAGGAUACUCAUUAAUCGGCGCUCUUGGUGCCAACGAUGUUUUUUUUUCUUCAAAGCAGUAUUGGUUUUAUGCAAGUCAUCUUUAACAAGUAAUUGCAGUAAGCAUUGCUUCUAUUAAUGCAUAUUUUACGUGGGCAUGCAGACUCAAGGGGGAAAUGGAGGAGACCACUUUCGAUUUGGGUGUCUUAUUCACAUCAGCACCACCAGACCCUCACCAGAACUGGUGAAGGACUGUGGCAAAACUUUACCCUUAGAUGAAAUCCAAACUUUUCUUCUCCAGGCCUGCUAGCCUUGAGGAUUCAAAUGACAACAGACCAGGGUCCUGAGCUCAGCAUUUUAGGUAUGAAACCACCAAAUGACAGCUGUGAAGUGAUUCUUGAAGAGGGAACACUGGUGCACCCUAUAGUAUCUCAUUUCCGAGUUGAGGUGAAGAAACUUUUUUUUUAACUUCUCGGGAUGCUCACCAUUUUGAUGCUCAGGACUUUUACAAGACUGGGUUUGAGGUUUUGAGAUGUUGGCAUGCACCAGCGUUGCACACUGACCCUUCUCAAGAAUGGCUGCAGUAAGGCAAACAGCUUUUCCUCACACGAGACCACACAACACGUAAAUCUAUUCACAUUUCCGGCAGGUGCUGUACACUCAAUAGUAUAAUGGGAUUUUGAACGCACAAAAGUCUCUGUACACUGAACAAUAUUUGUUUACUGCUAGUUAGAGAAUGUCAUUGCCCUGAAACUGGCUGAUAAAAAGUGCACAUAACUUAAAUCCUUAGUCUGGAGUCUUGUGUUUUUCCCUCCCUAUCCUGUCUUUUUCAACAAUGGCAUAAAAUGACAUACGGCUGCAUACUGAUUGUAGAAUUACACCUGCUGGUUGAAGUCUGCAUUUCAGAGACAGAUAUUGUUCUGCCUGCAUUAAUAACUUUUUCUGGUUUUGUGGUUGUGCCAGUGGAAAUAUGCUUGUGGUGAUUCAUUUUUGUGUGUCGUUUCCACUUGUGACUUGUCUGAGUAAUCUGCACCAGCUCUGACAUUCCUCUAUUAUUUCUCCAACAUUUUGCCUUGGCCAUUUUAAGCUGCUUUUCACUUGGGGGGAAAAACCCUUCACCUGCAUAGUUUUUAUACACAGAUAUAUUUGUCUUUUUAUAUGUUAUGGUUCAAUGAAGAUUUUUAAAAUUGUAACUACAAAAAAAACAAAGAUUAUAAAAUUUUAAUUCCAUGUACUAAUAUAUUUUUGU